UCUCAGUCACGAAUAACUACCAUUCCUUAGUCAGGCCAUUCCUACCGUGGAUCUAGAGGUUGUGGUCAACUCAUACGCCUUCAGUUUGCAUGUUCUACGUUGAUUUUCCACAGACUAUGUGAUUCUGCCUAUGAAAAUCUGCCAACCACAACCAUUCAGGCCGAUGGACCUAUUGAGCUUGGGCUUCCAUAUAUAAGCAAGCUGUCGACUCUGAGAACAGAGAACUAUCGAUUGGGAUCCCUCGACCCAUCUAGCAAGAGGCGUGCGUUUUUCAUUCCUCCUUGCUGCUUUGACAACAUCUAUGUCCGUCACUGGUGGCAGAGCAGUAACCAGCUCGUACCUACCUCUUACCGAAAUUUGCGGCUCGAGCCCAAUUGUCCAAAACAUAGACUGCUGCCCUGGCUUAGAUUGUGAAUGAAACGUGAGUAUCCAUCAGCUUUGAGUCUGGGAUUAAACUCCAUGACUUAUCCUUGUAUCAAUAGAGUCGCCAUUGAACUGUUUUGCCAACAUCUCAAAGUAGUUUCAUCAAUUGGAUUAUUGUUCCGCCUUGCGUACGUCCUGAUUCGAGACGAAGGUUCAAACUUCGGGGAAGCUUCAAGAUGCGGCAAAGAUUCAAAGCUGCGACGGGAAUUAGGGAGUAGCAUUGCUCUGGCCUGGAAGUUUCACCCUCGUAACCAGAAUAUGAAGCCUCAGUUUCUGUCUCUUGCAGAAGAUCUCCACACUUACAUCCUGACCUUCCUUUCUCACCGAGACAUUCUUCGGUGUGCUUCUGUAUGCAAAAGCCUUUAUCAGACGUACUUGUCGUCUUCUGAGCUUCAGUACAUCGUUGAACUCGGUGGUCAACAACUGCUCCCCGUCACUCUCCAAGUAGACAACCACACUCCUAUUUCAGAGCGCCUACAGCUCCUGAGAGACAAAGCCCGCGCAUGGCACACAUUUAUCUCCGAAGGCCAUAUUUGCCUCUGCACUACCGACGCCAAACCUAGUUAUAAAGGCUUCGCCAAGAUCUUUCCUGUAGCACCAGAACCUUCACAACAAGCAAUCGACCGUGAAUGGUCACCAGAAUCGCUGCUUUUAAUUCCAAACGCACUAAUAAUCGAUGUAUUCAUGGACCCAGAGCAAAACCUGAUUGCUGCCGCAUAUGUCAUCGAUGGGUCCAAUGUCUAUAUCAACCUUUUAGCUUUGGAUGGAGAUGACGUUCACCCCCAAGCUGCUGGGAAGAGGCUUAUCAUGUCCUCUGAAGCUACACAUCCUGACCCCGACAUUGGACUGUGGGGGCUAAAGGGCCUGGGGAGGCAUGUCGCUCUCUGGCAUUACCUGGCAUUCGACUCGGGUGAUGGGCUCCAAUGGUGGUUGCAGAUUUGGGACUGGCAAUAUUCCACAAUGUCCGAUUGCGUCCUUGGUGGCACUAUGUUGGAUUACUAUGGCAUAAUUGAUUUUUGUUUCCUCGGAGGCCACAGAUUCCUAAUCGUCUCGGAUAACGAUUUCAAGCUCUAUUCAAUCGAGGAUAUGUCCCAGCCACCGCAAUUGCUGGCAUGUUUCCUGUUUCCCGCAGGAGUGGAGCUUGAACAAUGCUUCUCUUCAAAGGACGAUCUCACAAGCAGCAAACGAAGAAUUUUGUCAUCUCCACCCGUAUUUUCUUCCAGCUCGACCUCUUUAAAGGAAUGGAGACGAGAAUACCAUGGAAAUAUUGGGGGCCCUCUAAAUUCUCGCAUUUUCGAGGUCGAUGAUGACAGGUUGGUCUGGACGGGCCCUGGCGUCGGUGGGAGUCGAGUCUUGAAGGUCACCCCUGUCGAAAGAGCAGACAGUGGCAUCCCAUUAGCUGUUGAGCACCGACAUGGUCUAGGACAAGUGGUAACAGAGCCAUCUACUGUAGAGUUAGAAGGAAAGUUGCGCCAGCUAAAGUGGCAAAACCCGCUACCUGUCCUCGGCAGUUCGCGGUAUCCAAUUAUGUCAAACAAUUUAUCGCAUCGCAUACAUACCACGAUUGAGAAAGAUAUUCAAUAUACAAAUAACCUUUCGUCUAAGUCAAACAUGUCCAAUAACAAUCUCCCAACAAGCAGUAUGAUCACGAUGCUUAGGCCGAGCAUGCGAAGCAACGCACUGCCCAUGAAUGCAACUUCGGGCGAAAAAGGACUGAAACGAAUGCCUGAGGAAUACGAUCCCAAGAAAAACAUCGUUUAG